UUAAGAACUAAAAGCCACAAAUUCUUCUCACUUCUCAUAAAUCACCUUGCUCUCGCAGGAAACAUUAAAAAACUCACAGAGAGAGUGAAUGUACCAACUGCUGUCCACAGGACAAUGAAUAACACAUCUUGUCCUCGUGUCAGCUUUGACUUUACAGGAAGAUUCCUACCUCCUGUUUACAUCUUAGUAUUCAUCGUUGGUCUGGUAGCUAAUGGAUGGGGGUUGAAGUCUUUGCUGCAGAACUGGAAGAAACUAAAGAUCGUCAAUGUGUUUGUUCUCAACCUGGGACUUGCAGAUAUUUUGUAUCUGACCACGCUCCCAUUUUUGAUGGUGUACUACUUCAUGAGGAGCAAGUGGAUCUUCGGAGAAGCAUUCUGCAAGAUAACAAGAUUCUCAUUCAACCUGAACCUAUAUGGCAGCAUUGGAUUCCUUACUUGUAUAAGUGUGUACAGGUACCUGGCUAUUGUCCAUCCGCUGAGAGUGAUGGGAAGAAUAACUGUCACCCAUUCUGUGACUAUCUCAGUCAUGGUUUGGCUGUUGGUGGGUGUUCAAAGUCUUCCAGACGUGUUCUACGCCAAAACCAAAAAAAAAGGAAAAUGCUACCAUACCACCUCUAAAUCCUAUAUUGAGGAUUACCUGAAAUACAGCCUUGGAUGGACACUCACUGGGUUUUGUAUCCCGUUCCUCAUCACGCUGGGCUGCUAUGGACAUGUGAUUGUUGUUCUCUGCCGCAAAAACACCAUUCACAAGGUACUGAAACAAAAAUGCUUGAAGUUGUUGUUCAUUUUGAUCCUUCUCUUCUCCAUUUGUUACAUUCCCUAUCAUGUAUUAAAGAACCUAAAUCUGUGGUCAAGAGUUCUGACCAAACGGAAGAUGUGCCACGAGUGGUCUAAUGGAGUCUACAUUGCUCAUCAGAUAAGUCGUGGCCUCGUGUGUCUGAACAGCGCUCUCAACCCUCUGGUUUACCUUCAUGCAAAUGAAGAAGGUCCUGCUCAGCUCAGACAGCUGCUCCAGCGAGCUCAUCAGAUGGUCAACCGCUUGUGUCUGCCAAACUCUGGUUCUGUGCCUGUGGCACAAACUGAAGAUGAAGUUGAAGAAGAGUUAAGAUUUUAAUGUCAGUAGCUGCUCCUACAAGUUUGUCGUGCAGCCGUCGAUCACAGCUAGUGGUGUACA